CUUUAUUCUUAUAGCUUGUAGAGGGUCAAGAAGAAUUAUUUAUAAAAUAGUUGUUAAAGGUUCAGAUAAGAACUAGAAGAAAUCAUAAAAAAAGAGUUCUCUUCUGUUUCAACAAUUACAACAGCUAUGGUGUCUCUCACGCAUAUAUUACUUUUCAGUGGAUGUACCAUGGUUAUAAAUGGACAAUACGGAGGCCGUCCAAGACUACCAGAUAAAUGUGCUGCUGUAUUUUGCGCAGAGACAGACUGUUUAAAUCCAACCACUCCUCUUGGGGAAUGUUGUGCGGUCUGUCCGCCAACACCGCCACCAUUUGAGAAACCUGGCUAAUGUCCACGUCGGACUGGCUUUGGAAUCUGUGUAAGCUUGUGUACAGGCGAUUCAAGUUGUCCAGGGGACCAGAAAUGCUGUAGUAAUGGGUGUGGUCAUAGAUGUAUGUCACCGGUAAGCGGAGGAAGAUCAUGCUUCUAUAAAGGUGAAAUUCGAAUGGACGGUGAAACAUUUAAAGAGAGGUGCAAUGAAUGCACGUGUAAUGAUGGUCAUGUUUCCUGUACGGAGAAGGCUUGUGGUUCAAAACCUGGCAGAUGCCCCCGUCCCACCGGGAUAGGAAUAUGUGUAGAAGCGUGUACUGACGACUUCAGUUGCCAAGGGAGACGGAAAUGUUGUAGCAAUGGCUGUGGUUAUACAUGUGUUCCGCCUGAAAAUGGUGGAAAUCAUUGUUACCAUAAAGGUCAAAAACGAAUGGACGGUGAAACAUUUAAAGACAGGUGCAAUACAUGCACGUGUAAUAAUGGUCAUAUUUCAUGUACUGCGUGUCCGCAAGUUCUAAGAUGUCCCAAUCAGUAUACACCCCCUGGUCAGUGUUGCCCAGUAUGCGGACCAAUAGGGAAGCCAGACUGCAGUAAGAUAGCUUGUACACUACGGCACUGUGUUGGCCAGUAUACUCCACCUGGACAGUGUUGUCCAGUAUGUCCACGUAACACAUACUGAUGAAACAUUUUAAGAAAAUGCACAAGCUUUCUUUCUGUUCUAAAGAAACUUAACGUCAAUCAAACGCCAAAUCUGUUUACGAGUGUAAUGAAUUAGACUUGUUGUUGUUAAUUUGAUUAUUCUUUUCUGAUCAGAAACAACACUGUCAGUACGACAGUAGUGAAUCGUUGUUCAUUUUCACUUGAUGUUGGAACUGUGAUGAUAUAUAAACCAUGCGUUAAAUACAGUUUUAUUUCAUUUUUAUUUAUUUCUCUCAGGACAAAGUACACGACGUACUUGUUUCUCAUUGUCGUGUGACAUGUUAAAUGUACGAGUGUAUAUGUUUUAGAGAAAUUGAACCAUAAUAUACUUAAGUUCACCUUUUUCCAUUUAUAUUUUUGUACAUUUAUAUGAAUUGUAAUGCAUAAAUUUGUAAGGUUUAAAAAUGUAUAUUUCAGCUAAAUGGUUAAUAAAACUUGAAUCAUGUCA